GAGGCUCACAAGUCCCCGUGCCGUCUUUACGUGGGGCGAUCUCCACCGAAAACAGACUCGCAAACGCCUCCUUGCCAUCGACACACCGCGCUUCAUCCCUCCAGAUCAGUGCCCUCCGCGAGAUCAUAAAGUCGCUAGUGUUACAUCGAUCGAGAUCCACGCCAAUUCGCGUUAUACCGGGGGUGUCGUCGCUAUCGCUAUGCACAGUAUGUAUUUGAAAAAGGUGUGCUACAAUUUCAAAAUCCGACUUUUGCGGAGGCUACACGUGACGAUUAAAAUCACCCGUAGGCGCCGAGCAUCGAGGAUCUGAGGAGUGACUCUCGGGCUAAGUCGAGUGCCAGCCGAGUGUUUUCAUUAGUUUCCCGGAACCAGCGCCAUGCGGAUCAAUUUAAAAGGCACGGGCGCUCCCAUCCAGGAGGACGUGGAUAAUAACUCAAAGGUCCGGAGCGGCAUGGUGAAAGUAAGCGACGGGAAGAGCAAGCCCGUUCCCAUGAGGCUCCAACUGUCGACCGAGUGUUUGAAGCUGCAGAAGGAGGAGCUAGUUCCGGUAAAUCGCAACGUGAAUCAAAAAGCGUCUCCAACCGAUUCACGGGCUCGGAUUGUGCCGCUCCGGAGACAGAAAGUGGGCGGCCUAGGCUUGAGCAUCAAAGGAGGCGCCGAGCACAACCUCCCGAUAAUGAUAUCCAGGAUAUUUAAGGGUCAAGCCGCCGAUCAAACGGGAGAACUUUUCGUCGGAGACGCUGUUAUCAAAGUCAAUGGAGAGCUCAUAACUCAUUGUUAUCACGAUGAGGCUGUUAACAUUCUUCGCAAUGCUGGGGACUUAGUCAUGCUCACAGUGAAACAUUAUCGAGCGGCGACUCCAUUUUUGCAAAAGACGAGCAGUGACGAAGAAAACGGCCUAGAAAACACAUUAAAUGGAGGUGACUGGAGUUACGAUGAAAAAACAGGGUACUGUAAUUCUUUAGAUUCUGUGAAGACUGUUGUAAAGUGGAUUGACUACAUUACAGUUCCGCUGAUGAUGGCAUACGUGACACGUUACAUAUUUGGGACGGACAAACUGAGGCCGAACGCUUUCGAAGUCAGAGGUCUCAAUGGAGUCAGCACCGGCAUCGUUCAUUGUGACGAGGCAGCUGUCUUCUCGCAAUGGCUCAAACAUAUUUUAGAUAACAUCGCCGCUCUUAUGAAUUUGCAGAUGAAGUUGUACAAUCGAAAUUUUCCCGCCUCGGAAAGAAUCGAGUACAUGGGUUGGGUCAACGAGGGCACUCUGAACAACAAUCAGCCUUGGCAAAAUUAUCGACCCCGCUUCCUUACAUUGAAAGGAACUGAUGUCUUGUUGUUUGAUACUCCACCUUUGAACAUCGGAGACUGGCUGUCGUGUGACACGGUGCUGAAGGUGUAUCAGUCCAUGUUGAGGAUCAUCAAGGAGUCGGAAAACGUGGACGAGAGACAGCACUGCUUCUUGCUCCAGACGAGCGGUCAAGAGUCGAGGUAUUUCUCCGUCGAGACCCGCCAAGACUUGCUCCGAAUCGAAAGUGCCUGGCAUUGUUCUGUGUGUGCGGCCGUCAUGAAAUUAGGGAGUAAAACAUUCAACGUUACAUUGAACAGUAAUUCGGGGAUCAAGCCAGCGGGGCUAACCCUAGACUGGAACAUGGGAUUCGCGUUGUACGACACCCAAGCCCGAGCAUACGCCUGGCAGUAUAAGUUCUCUCAACUGAGGGGCUCCUCCGACGAUGGCAAAAGUCGACUCAAGCUUCAUUUUCAAGACAACGAUACCAGGGCUAUCGAAACAAAGGAAUUCGAGUGCUCUGCUCUCCAAGCGCUACUGUUCUGCAUGCAUGCUUUUUUGACAGCAAAAGUGGCCUCCGUAGACCCCGCAUUCCUUAGCUCAAGAUCUCCUUAAAUUAAAAAUUUAGUCACUUCGUGCCAAGAGGACUUCCUAGUUGUUGAAGUUCCUAAAACUGUUACUGGACUAUGUAAUUUUGUUAAGUUUUUCCAAAUUUGCAAUUAUUUGUACUUGUCAAUUAAUGGCUUAUUGUUUUUGUUAUGAUUCAGAUUUGUUAAAAGAACCACUCAAUUUCAUGAUCUACUAUUAUUAAUGUUGCUAAGUUUAAUUUAUAUUUAUCGUUAUUGUAAGCCUAAAAAGUUUUAUAAGGGUUCUAACCCUCCGAUUGUAAUUCGCAAAAUAGCAUUUCAUUGAGAGUAAUGAUAGUAACGAGAGUAAUCUAAGUCAAUUGGUUAAUUUUUUGUAUACUUACACUACUUGGUUGUUGAUUAAGACUGAAAAGUUUGACGGUUCACAUAAAUCAUAACAUUAUAUUUAUAAAGAUGUCAUACGAAGAUGAAUGUUAGGUCCAAAGAAUGAACAUGCCCGUGACAUUUUCUGGAUUUCGAGGAAUGUAAGUUUAGCAAUUGGAUCUCAUGGGAUCUCGCGCAUUCAAAAAGAAAGUAUUUUAGGACUAAAUUUUGAGUUUUGACAUUAAGUCUCUCACCAAUGAUAUAUUCUGAAACAACCCUCAUUCGAAGUAUCAAAAUUCGAAAUUUUCAAAAAUAUCACCGGAUAAAUCCGAUUGAUGAGUCUGAAGUCCUUUAGGGACAUGGUAAUACAACUUAGCUAUUCAUUUAUAACGCUAAACUUAAAAAUCAAAUAAAAAGUGGUAUUUUAGACAUAUUCAAACUACAGUUGUUUACAUGGAUUAAAACAUAGCUCAAAACUGUGAAAACAAUUGAAAGAGAUUGUAUUUAUGUUGUUUACAUCUGAAUGUUUCUUGGCGUAAAAUAUUUUGAAAAGAAAAACAAGGAAAAUCCUUCAGCUGAUUUUUCGAAGUUCUGAGAAAUAUUUGAUGCACAGAUCAUAGAAACAUUUUCAAGAUGAAAUUUAAUCUAAUGAAAUCAAUAGAACCUCUACACUUGUAAUAACUUCAAACAUUAUUCGAUUGCCACGCUGUGGGUUUUUAGGCAGUGUGAAAACCCAGUCAAAUAAUGUCUGAAUGUUUUAAAUAAAAAAACACCUUUUAAAUUGAGCACGCCCCUGUCCCUUUUCAUCGUGGCAUUGCUAAUAAGUCGAAUUGUAUCAAAGUUUAUGUAUCUAGCCAUCUGUUUUGUUUCUUUUUCACUCGGUUUUUCUGUUCUCUUCCUAAGAAUCAUUAUCUGAGAAUGCACCGUUCGUUAUUCAAACUAUACACGUAUAUCUUGCACUUUACAUAUUCACUGAGUUUUGAGACUUACUAUCCUAAUUUUUGCACUUUAUAAAAGCUCCCACUCAAGUUUAAAUAUUGAUGGCUGGUUGAAAUCAAAUAAAUCUAUGAACGCACAAAACUUCCAUAACACUAAAUAUAUAAUUUGUAAAAUAUUGAAAAUAAUACAUUCCCGAGUCGUCCGCAAGGCGCUUUUGUUUUUCCUUUUCAUCCAUAUUCAAAGAUAAUUUAAGUUUGCUAAACAAAAAGAGCCUAAAUGUUUAAGUCAGUGAAAGCAUGUAUUUGUAAAUUCUUAUAGAUUGAAAUAAUAAUCAGUUCCUCACAGUCCAAAGCUCCUAGAAUUUUCAAAAGGAUUUUCUUAAUCCGUCAGACGAAUCACAGGAAGUAUCACCAAAAAUCCCUGCAUAUUUUUCUGCAAAUCACGGAAGAUUCUAGUCAUUACGUAUCUUGUUUGUAAGAGGGCAUUAACAAGUGAAUGCUCUGAACGAUUAGUAUAUUAAAUUUAGUUAUUUCCUACUUUGAAAGUCACAUUUAUAAAUAUGUUUAAGUGUUUUCGCAUAAGUAGUCAAUUGCUAUGGCUGUUGAAAAGUAUGAAGUGUGGGUUUUUUCCCCAAAAGUAAAUCCUACGAAUUUUAUAUUUUUAUAAUUCCUAAAAAAACAGAAUAUAAUUCCUAGUCUCUCCGAUUCGUGCAUUAUAGUAAAAAUUAGUGUAAGAGGUGAGAACUGUCAUUAUCUCAAAUGUGUAUUGUGAACACAUCAACAAUUCACUACUAAAUAUUUAAGAAAAAAGCGCUUCAGAUAUGCUUCGCUCAUACAGUUAUUAUCAUAUACCUUUAUGUCCUAGGGUAAUAUUGACCUCGUAAACUAACUUUGAAAGUGCAUGCUUAUAUUGGCGUUUCUUAUUGAUAUCAUGAGUUGUCAUUGUUAACUGAGAGAUAGAGGCAGAUAUUGCUUUAUGACGCAGACCUUAAUACAAUUUUAAGCACAGGAGAACAUGGAUGAAGAAAGGCAAAAAAGAAAGUGCAGCACGUAUAGAUUCGAGUUUUUUGGGGGGUGGACAUGCUUAAUCUUACUUAUUUUACUAUGUAAGAAUUUAAUCGUCCACAAUUAUAUAUUCUCUUGCCAGUAAAGUAAUUCUGAAAUGAUAAUCAGAUUUCCCGUUUAUAAACAGACUCUUAUCGAUUCGAUUGUAUUUUCCCAUUUUCAUUUUAGAAUGUAAAAAUGUUUUGUUAGGGUAGUCUCUCCUACCACGUCCAGGAGAAUUAUGACUUACUGUAUUCAUAAUACCAGGUGGUGAUCCGUCUUAGUGAUAUUAAAACCAUAGAUUUCAAUUUACAAGAUUAGGAGCUGUCAGGGGCGGAUCCAGCAAUUUGGCAACAAUGGAUUCCCUCCAUUUAAACCUAUGUUAAAUAAUCGAUUCUUGGAGGGGCACCUGGCCCCUCCAAGAAUCGAUUAUUUAACAUAGGUUUAAAUGGAGAAGAACAGUGUUGCCAAUUUGCUGGAUCCGCCAAUGGGAGCUGUCCCCGAACCUGCAUGCUAUCCAUCUUCAACCGGACGAAAUUAAAUGGAUGUCUAUUAUCCUUAAAGUUUUAAAUCUUCUUAUACUGAGUUUGUAUUUCAUUACUUAUAUUUUUAUACUUAAAUUUUAACCAUAUCUGAAAAUGUUUAUCGCCAGUAAAGUUAGUUAUUGUUUUCAAA